AUGAAAACUUUUUUCUAUUUUUUAAUUUUUUCAAUUUUUUUUAUUAAUAUUAAGCAUAUAUGUGCUAUUACAUUAAAUGAUAUAGUAAAAGAUAAAAGAUUUAAAUUUUUAAAUGAAGCAAGAGUUAUUAUUGAUCAAUCAAAUUUAGAAGAUCAAAAUGAAAAGCUAAUAGAUAAUUCGUUGAGAACAUAUAAAUAUUAUAUGAAAAAAUAUGCAACUGAAAUUAGAGCAGUUUUCAUUUUUGAUGAUUUAAAUAUAGAUGAAGCCAAAGGAUUAGGAGUAUAUAAUGAAAAAAAUAAAGUAGAUAUUUUAGAUGUACAAAAGAGAUUACCUGAUUUAUUUCCUUUAGAUGAAAUUAGCUCAUUUAGUGACACCUUAUAUAAAGAGAGACAAACAUUUUCAUUUAAAACAAAUUAUUCAAUUACGAAUUAUGUUUUUAGUAGAUAUGUGUUUAAUAUAAAUAUUCAAGAAAAAGAUGAUGAGGAAAUUAUGUCUCUUUUGUUAGAAAAUGAAUUAAUUAUGAAAAAGAAAAAUUUAGUAAUAAAAAAAAAUAACGGAUAUGAAGGAAAUGGUAGUAUAGAAAAGUAUACACAUAAUUCAAAUAAUUUAUUAAAAAGAUAUCCACAUUCCUUUUCUCAGUUUAUUGGAGCAUUGUUUAAUAUCACAUCUAUUAUUAGCUCUAUAUCUGGUGUAGUAUCAGCCGUAUCUUCUUUAUUUUCAAGCGAACCCAGUCCAUCACCUCCCAAAUUUUUAGGUGAAGAAAAAGCUCCUUUACCUACACAUGAAGAAAGAACAACAAGUUCAAAUAAAUCUGAUUCUAAAAAGAAAAAGAAUGACAAGGAUUAUGAAGAAGAAUAUGAAGACGACGAUGAAUAUGAAUAUGAAGAUGAAGAUGAUGAUGAAGAUGAAGAUUAUUACUAA